AGUCCGGUGGUGCCCCGCGGCAGGCCGCGCAGACGCAGUGAGGCGGAACCGGUCACUCUUGGAGCUGAGGGGCCGCGGCUGGGUUGAGCGGCGUCUGGAGGGGGUCACCAAACAGGCCUGCGGCUAGGCGACGCGGCACAGGAUAGCCCGCACUAUGUCGAGGCAGGCGAGCCGUGGCACCGAGAGCAAAAAAAUGAGCUCUGAGCUCUUCACUCUGACCUAUGGAGCUCUUGUCACCCAGCUGUGCAAGGACUAUGAAAAUGAUGAAGAUGUGAAUAAGCAGCUGGACAAAAUGGGCUAUAACAUUGGAGUCCGACUGAUUGAAGAUUUUUUGGCACGGUCAAAUGUCGGGAGAUGCCAUGACUUUCGGGAAACUGCAGAUGUCAUUGCCAAGGUGGCGUUCAAGAUGUACCUGGGUAUCACUCCAAGCAUCACUAAUUGGAGUCCAGCUGGUGACGAAUUCUCCCUCAUUUUGGAAAAUAACCCUUUGGUGGACUUUGUGGAACUUCCUGAUAACCACUCAUCCCUUAUUUAUUCCAAUCUCUUGUGUGGGGUGUUACGGGGAGCCUUGGAGAUGGUCCAGAUGGCUGUGGAGGCCAAGUUUGUCCAGGAUACCCUGAAAGGAGAUGGUGUGACAGAAAUCCGAAUGAGGUUCAUCAGACGGAUUGAAGACAAUCUCCCAGCUGGAGAAGAAUGACCAUCCCCAGGACUUGUGGGUAGCCAGCAGGAGCAUUUGCUGGAAUCAGAAAGGCUCCAUCCACCAGUUGCUCCCUGGAACUCAGUGACUCUUCAGUGUGAUGUUAUAUAUUCUU